AUGGAGAAAAAUGGCAAGAGUCAGAGGAAGAAAGAGAGAAGGGAGAUAAAGGGACAAGGGCGUAAAGAGAAGGAUACUCUUCACAAUGUCAAAAGCCUUGAUGAUAAAAAGCGUUUCCAGCAAAAGAAGGGUAAAAAAGGGGAAGCAAAGGGAUGGUGUCCUCAAAAAACUGAACAUGAAGCUGAUCAACUGGAGAAAAGUGACAUUACGAACGAACAUGGGCUGCCAACCUGUAUUGAGAGCAAUUCCUACUUGUCUGAUGGAACCCAAAGCAGCAAGAAAAGCAAGCCUUUGAUCGUUCGCCUUAAAUUGCUUAAGCACAGCGAACCAGACGCCUCACGUGUGUGCUCUCCUUCUGGAAGGGUAGAUUUGCUUCCUCCAGAGAGAACGGAAGUUGUUCUUGCACCCAGUCAACCCAGUGCAGAGACAAAUGUAGAACUCAGGCAGGUCUCUUCAAAACCUGACCAAGAUUUACCCUGUUCAACAUCAGAGGGGAUUGAAACAAUUGGUCAGAAGAGAAGUGCGAGUGCUGCAUUUGAAGAUCAGAUUCAGAGUGAAGAUUCACUCCAUGCAACUCUGAUUGAGAAUUGGAUCCCUCCCCCGAUUCAAUUUGCCGAUGUUGGUGAUGGUGAUGAAGAAUGGCUCUUUGGGACGAAGCAUCAAAACAGAUGUGGGUCCAAAAGAUUUAAAGCUGCUAACAAUGAGGUCUCCAGUUGUACAGGGAGCACGCCGUGGCCACAAGCACAGUGGUUGUUGGAGGCUGGUGUAUAUGCAUUACCCUUCACGGUUCCAUUCUAG